UUGUAAUCAAGUCCUGUAUAUCUCAAAAGAUUACAUUCUAAGAUUAUAAUAAAUAUCAUUCAUUUAUUUUCUCUUUCACCUAUGGAUUCUUUAUUCAAUUAAAAAAAAAAUGAUUGCUUAAGAAAUAUAUCGAGACAUUAACAGCUUUUAUAUGUACUAUAUAAACUCGACUUUAACAAUAAGUUGAUCGAAAAACUAGCAGAAAAAUAUGUGUAGAGAAUCCAGGACACUGUACGUGUACUAGAUACUAAACUAGUAACGGACGGGGCUCGAAGUUGGCUUCAUUCGAUGCGUUCGUUCCUUUCUUCUAUCACGCUACGGAGUAAUCCCGUUAGCUCUAUUGUGAACAAAUUUGAUAUCAAAACCGCGCGACGCAACGCAGGUUCACGAGUAUUCAGAUCGAUAGUUCGUUAUGCGCGAAUAUAACGGAACAGGAGAUAUCGAGAGGUAUCGAACAGCGGAAUGCACUCGCUUCGAAGGUAUUUACUCAUAAAACUGCAACGCGAUAUCCACGAAAUUAAUUAAUUAUCGGAAUUUGGGUCGGGGGAGGAGACACCGCGUAGCUACGCCCACGUAACCGGAGGGCGAUGUGGAAAAUUUCGCUGUAAAUUUUGGAAUUUAUUUUAACGAGAUUAUACAAAUAUCCGGGGCCGUGAGUUAUUCGCCGCUGUAAAAAUUCAACGUUGCAAUCUUUACCUUUCCGCGAUGCGAUGCGUGCACGUGUUGUACGCGCGCGCUAAUAGAAUACGAGAUCUUUAUAUCCGAUAAUAGCGGCUGUGUAAACAUAGAAAAGAAAACAUCGGAUACAUCUCAAAGUCCGCGCGUAAUUAUAAGUCAAUUAGAUUAUUUACGAGCUACGCGGAAUAUACACGAAUUAAUGCUAUAUUAAAACGCAUCCGCUUCGAAUGCCACAUCCGCUUGAUAGCGAAUAGAUGCCUGCGUUAAUUGCUCGCGUUGUGCGCCAGUCGCUCGCGAGCGUUAUGAGAAUCGCGGGCCCGUGAUUAAUUCGCAUCGUCGACAUGAAGGAAGAGAUGAUGAAGAAAUGCGAUCCGGAUCACCUCGCGCUCGUGUUGGCGAUCGAGAACGGCGAGUUCGAUCGAGCGAGCGAGAUUUUGGCGCGCGACAGUCAAAAUAAAUACGUUCAUCCGGUGGGUGCUCUCCAAGUGACGGCCCUGCAGGUGGCCGCGUGGCAAGGGAGGAUAGAUCUGUUGGAUCAACUUUACGAAAAGGGUGCUUGCGUAAACGACAUGGAUAAAAUCGGCAGAAGCGCCCUUUACUACGCGGCACAUCGCGGCAACAUCGACGUGACGGAGUGGCUUCUCCGACGAGAAGGACACGUCGAUGCCAAAACCGGGGUCUACUCGUGCACCAAGAACAUCCCAUAUAUUUCGCUGACAAAAUCUUGUUUCGUUGGAGGAAAAUUACCGACACCCAUGUGCUGGGGAAGGACACCCUUACACCAAGCGGUAAAGAAUAAUCACGCCGACGUUGUGCGCGUUUUGGUGGAACACGGCGCGGAUGUGAAUGCUAAAGACGAACGUCUCAUCACUCCGUUGCUCUUGGCGGGAAGCGCCGUGAAUCGCGAUGACCUCAAGGAGAUGACUAAGUUCGUGGAGAUAGUCAAGAUUCUAGUCGCCGCGAAGGUGUUCGUCAACAUUAUUCAUCCGGACACGGGUACCACGGCGUUACAUCACGCGGCGAUGCUGGACAGCGCAGAAGCGACAGAGAUAUUAUUGUCGAACGGCGCAUGGCCGAUGUAUAAGUGCAAGAGUUCCAAAAGCACGCCGCUUCAUAUUGUCGCGAGUACGGGGAGCACGAAGACGCUGAUGAUCCUACUCGAGGCAAUGCUAUCUCAUAACAUUGACACUCGCGAUCAGAUCAAUCGUACGGCUCUUCAUAGAGCAGCUUACCGGGGUCAUCGCGAAUGCGUACGAGUCUUGAUCGAACAUGGAGCUAACUUAGCCGCGACGACGAAGACCGGCAUCACCGUCGUUAAUGCCAUAUUCGCUCAUAUCCCGCGACCGUUGGCCUUUAUAACGGAAAUUCUGGAUUCUUGCGUACGAACGACCAAUAAUUCUCCUCUAGAGACAUACGAUAAUAUCACUGUCGACUUUGGUAUAUUGGCUCCGAAGCAACAGAUGCAAAUGGCAGUAGUCACGGCUGUUAUAGCCGCAGCUUCGAAUAUAACGCAACUGGCAAUAUUACAGCAUCCACUUGUGGAGACGUUCCUCAGAUUGAAGUGGGCGAGAUUAAGAAUACUCUUUUUCUGUCUUGUGCUCGUACACUUGUUCUUCGUCAUUUCCCUCUCAAUCUAUGCCAUAAUGUUUGUACGGGACGAUACUGACCAUGUAGUGUCUAGAAGAAUUCUCGCAAUCUGUUCCUGUUUUUUACUAUUUCACAAUAUGAUACAAGUUUUACUAGAGCCCAAACAUUAUUUGAGAGAAUUCGAAACAUGGUUGUCAUUCAUAUGCGCUACAUUAUCUUUAGUGACAUCGAUAGCGGGCGAGUUCGCGAAGAAUUCGAAAGAAGAAAUUGAGUCACGUCACUGCGUGCACUGGGUAUUGCAUUCCAUCAGCAUCGCAAUCUUGCUUAGCUGGUUGCAAAUGAUGCUAUUAAUCGGUCGAGUUCUAAUGUGGGGAUAUUACGCGCUCAUGUUCUCCAGGGUGUUGAAGAACAUCCUGAAGGUUCUCCUGGCGUUCGGCUACCUGAUUGUCGGAUUCGCGUUGAGCUUCGCCGUUUUGUUCCACGGGAACGACCAGUUUCGCGAUUUCUGGAGGGCCAUCGUGAGGACCGUGGUAAUGAUGAUGGGUGAAUACGAGUACGAGAAGCUGUUCACCGCCGAGAACGGCAAGAAUGCUUUCCUACCGGUCACAAGCAGAAUCAUAUUCUUCGUCUUCACCGUACUCGCCAGUAUCGUCCUGAUCAACCUCAUGAUUGGUCUGGCGGUCAACGACAUUCAAGGACUCGAGAAGGAGGGUCAUAUACGCCGAUUAUUAAAACAAGCGGAGUUCGUCGCGCAUUUGGAGAGAGUGAUGUCACACAGAAUCUUCCGCGGCAAUUGGCUACAUCCUUACUUAAGAAUGCUUCUACACUCUAGACGCGACAUUCCCACAAAAAUUAGACUCUUCUCGCGUGAAAAAUAUUUUCAUCUCACGGAAUCGCCUCCCAAGAUUCCCGCCGAUCUAAUAGAAGCUUUAUUUCUAUUAGCCACCAAGACAUUUAAUAAGAAUGAUAAUUUGGCAGGUAAAAAUGUAGAGAUUAGCGACACGAAACUGAUUUCCAUAUUAUCCAAUUUAGAGGAACAAAUCCGAGAAUUGAAAAUAAAUUGUUAUCGCAAUUCAACGAACCGGACCUCGUCGAAACGGCGCGGACUCAAAAGAAAUACUGUAAAUUUAUAGCAUACAUGUGCAACAUUACAAUUAUUCAUCA